CCUCACAGUCAGCCAUUUUGCAUAGGCAUCGCAGAUGCUAAUUUUUCCGACCACAGAAUAUUUGGCUUUUCUAUCCAAAUUCCGUUGAUUUCGAGACGUCAAAUCGAGCAGUGACCGAGCGUAUCGGCUGGGAGCGUACAUUAAAAGUGAAAAUUGUCGACACACCAAUACGAGGUAACAGCACGAACCAAUACCACCACAAGGAGACAUAGACUAACACAUCGAUAAGUGAACGAAUAUUGCGGUUCGCAAAAGUACUUUGCUUUCGGUACUUUCGACUCGCCCCGGGCUCCCCUUGCACUUCGACGCAUUGAAUUUUUUGGAAAUAUUACGCAAGUAUUAUUUCUGGUCAUACCGUAUAAUCAUGGCUCAGUAAAUAUGAAUCCGCAACGUGAAUACUCUGCCCAACGCACUCCGUGUGGAGACCUAGGCAAGACGCAGUUUUCUGCCCCUUGGCAAUUGCCCAGCACUAAUACCAAUACCAACACCAACACCUGUCGCCACUACAAACACUACGAUGGACAGCAACAACAGCAACAGCAGCAGCAAGAAGCAGCCUCAAUCCUCCGCUCAUCAUGGCAAGUCCUCGUCUGGUGAAUCGCAGAGGAAGUCAAGUGAAGUACAUGCUAACAACAGCAAGCUGCGGAAUAAUCGCCGACGGGAGCAGCUUCCCACACCACGCAACGAACAGCAGCAGCAACAGCCGCGCAGCACCAGGCAGCAGCAGCAAAUACAACAACAACAGCAGCCCGCUAAGCUCCGUCCCAAUGUGGACAAGCGGCCAAGGGCUCGGGGUGGCGGCGGCAACGGCGGCUAUGGGGCCAACGCUCAGUUCGCAUACCACUGCGAAGACUGGGCUCCAGGCGGCACCCGACUAGCCCACGCCGGUACCGGCUACCCACGUAGUAGCGGUGACUUUGAACAUGAAAUGAACUCUGUUUACGUACAGGGCAGCAAGAAGCAGAAUUUAAACCAUCUGCUCAACUUCCACUGCGUGCCGAGGGAGCUGGAUCGGGGAUACCAUCAUCAACAGCACCAUGGCCUAGGACUGCGCAAGCAGCGCUACAACAAGGAGCAGUUCCUGCAGGCAAACUUCCAGUUUGUAGUUCGCUCGAGGGCCAAGGCCCAGGUGAAUGGCUCGCCGGACGCGCUCAUUGAUUGGAGCUACAUUGAGCAGAUCAACAUUCAGACCACCGAGGAACUGCAGUGCCCCAUCUGCCUAUAUCCGCCGGUGGCUGCCAAGGUCACCAGAUGCGGCCAUGCCUACUGCUGGCCGUGCAUGCUACACUAUCUCUCGCUGAGCGACAAGACCUGGCGCAAGUGCCCCAUCUGCUAUGAUGCUAUUCAUGCCGGCGACCUAAAGAGUUGCACCAUCGAACAGCAGAGGGACUGGCAAGUGGGAGACACCAUAACCUUUCAGUUGAUGCGACGCCACAAGGGCUCCAUGUACAUCGAGAAACAUGGCGUUGCUGGAGAUGGAGGGGAGACCAACGAACGUUUCCCACUUCUUUCUGCCGGCGAGGAGGCUAAGCGGUACUCCAAGUUUGUAAUAGCUAAGAGAGCAGAUGUGGCCGCCAUUAUUGAGAGGGAGCGGGUAGAACUGUUGGCCGAAUCGGAUGUGUCGUGCCCGGAGGAUGUGUUCAUUCAGCAAGCGCUGGUAACACUCCAGGAGCGUGGCGAAAAGUUGAGACUCGAGAAGCCUGGUUCCAGAGAGUUGGAGCUAGAAGAAGUGGAACUACACGCUUUAGGGGCUCCUUGCCAGGAUACCGGAGCCAAAAUUGAUAUUGAGAGGUCGGAUGAUGCCUCCACCUCGUCGGUGGGCGAAGCAUCGAGCAGCGCAAGCUACUCUUCGGGCAACAACAGUAGCACCAAAUACUACUAUUUCUACCAAUCCAACGAUGGCCAGAACAUAUACCUUCACCCGUUAAAUGUGAAAAUGUUGCAGGCCUGCUACGGCACCUUGGACUUAGGCCCGCUGCUGAUCGAAGCGCAGAUCGUGCAGAAGGAACAGCACUCUAUGGACGAGGAGCAUCGCCGCAAGUUCACCUGUCUAGGCCACUUGCCCCUUACGUGUCAGUUCUCAGUUGUGGAAGUCGAGCUGCAUCCACCCAUUGUUUCGGGAGGAAUACUUAAGCUUUUCAGGGAGGAUCUGCUGCAUCGAAAGAAGGAGCGCCAACGACGGGAUCGCGAGGAACGCAAGCGGGAACAGCACAUCAACGAGAUCAAUGACCGCCAGAUGGGCAAACUUAUAGCCAGUGCAGCCAACCUGAAUCUGAGCUCCUCUCAUGAGUUUCCCACGUUCGGCUUCGAAGAGGCCUUGCCCUCCCCCAGUGGCUCCUUGCCUAUGGCUAUCAGCCAAGAGUCUGGGACCCGCUACUCGAACGUAACUCUGGCCACUCCCAGUCCCAAGCAAGAUAUGUGGCCCACCAUUGGCAGUGGCUCGCCGGGUGCUGUCGUGUCCCUGGAUUUCCAGGUGGGCGCCUGGGGUCGUUCGGCUCCACCGCCGCCACCGCGAGCUGCAUUGGCCUCGAAGCAACCUAGCAACGAGGGCGGUUACGAACAGCGACCUUCUGUUGGCCAUUGGGGAUUAGGAGAGCUGUUGGUCGGAGCCCUGGAUCAAAAGAAGCAAAAGACGGGCGAUGGAGCUGCUCCGGCAGAAUCAAAGAAACAGAAGAGGGCCAAGGGAAAGAAGAUGGUGCCGCUGUUUGCCACAGGCAUGAACAGAGCUCCAUGAAGAGGGUCAUUGGUCCAUCGAGUUUUCAAGAUUUAUUGUAAUUUGUUUGAUGCGAAUAUUUCGAAGUUAUUUUAAAUAACCACAUGAACACGUGAUUUUACCUUCUUAGAAAAGCGGAUUUGAGAAAUCAAUCAACUGAACUAUAAUUUAACCCAACUUAUAUUCACAUUACGCAUAUAUGCUUUAUAAAAGGUAAUCUAAUAAAGGCAGCAAGCAAGA